GCAGCGCACACAGCUACACAGACGACAACCUGCCUUGCCCAAGAGAGGAGGGAAACUGCUGCACAUUUUCACAGAAAACCUGGGAAACUUCUUCAGAGAUCUUACAGAGUCUCAAGGGUCCCCCCAGUUUUCAUUUCUCAAAACCUUGGACAGAGGAGACUGAAGACCUCUUUCUCGCAGUAUGGCGGCGUGGGACCUGUCGGUCACAGUGGAGGACCUGGGGUCUGACGCGCCACCUGUCACCAUCAGCGUGGCAUCUGACCUGCACGUUGGAGGGGUCAUCCUGAAGCUGGUGGAAAAGACACAGAUAAAGCGUGAUUGGUCGGACCAUGCGCUGUGGUGGGAGCAGAAGCAGCGGUGGCUGCUGCGAGCAGCUUGGAGUCUGGAUAAAUAUGGCGUCCAAGCCGACGCACGGCUGGUGUUCAUGCCCCAACACAAGCCCCUGAGACUGGGGCUGCCCAAUGGCCUUACCCUGAGGCUCCGAGCCUGCUUCUCCAGUCCUGUCUUUCAGACCGUGAUGGGGGUCUGCAGGAUGCUCAGUGAGUCUCUGCCUUUUUAUUUUUUUAUAUCCUUAUUACUGGUCUCUUUAUUUGUUUGUUUUUUUAUUUCCUUGAAUUCUUCCUUAUUCCCUCUCAUUCUCUCACAUUAAUGUAUUCUGUUCUUUUCCUAUACAACUU